GUCAUCUGGUCACAGCGGCUGAUCACUGACAUCCUGGACCACUCAUGAUCUUCACACAUGAUCGUUAAUUCAUUUACAGUCUUGGACAAAAUUCUGGAAAACAAAAAAUCCGCAUGCAUUUUUUAUUUCCCACACAGAAGUUCCUUUGUGCGGCUGGAAAGAGCGAGCGCUUUGCUUGAUGGGAUACAAAAGGCACAAGUUUACGCCUGUCAGCUGGAUUUAAACAGCCAUUGAGCAACACAGUGGCUGAAUGAGAGAAGCUCCAGUUAUGGACAAAUCAACUCAAUGGUGACUUUGACCUUAAACAAUUUUCGGGAUUUGUUGGAAACGCUUUUACAGUCAAAUCAAAUCAAAAAAGAUAUGGACUCUAUUGCGAACACCAUGCAGAACAAGGCUGAGGAGCUGGAGCGCAUGGCUGAAGUCCUCAUUACAGGCGAGCAGUUGAGACUGCGGCUUCAUGAGGGCAAAGUCAUCAAAGACCGGAGACAUCAUCUCCGUACCUACCCCAACUGCUUUGUGGCUAAGGAGCUUAUUGAUUGGUUGAUUGAACACAAGGAGGCCACAGACAGAGAUAUGGCCAUCAAAAUCAUGCAGAAGUUGUUGGACCAGAGCAUCAUCCAUCAUGUUUGUGAUGAGCACAAGGAGUUCAAAGACAUGAAGCUGUUUUACCGCUUCAGGAAAGAUGAUGGAACGUUUCCUCUGGACAGCGAGGCUAAAGUUUUCAUGAGAGGCCAAAGGAUAUAUGAGAAAUUGAUGAAUGUAGAGAACAGCCUAAUUAAGACACGUGAGGAGGACAGCAUUCCCUAUGAGCGGACACUGGUGGCUUCUGAGUUUAUUGACUGGCUCUUGCAGGAGGGGGAAAUGGCCACCAGAGAGGAGGCAGAGCAACUUGGGCGGAGAUUGCUGGAGCAUGGAAUUAUUCAACAUGUCACCAACAAGCACUACUUUUCGGACGGUGACCUCCUGUUUCAGUUCCGGACGAAUUUCAGACGGCGGCGACGACUAAUGGAGCUGCUGAACGAGCGAACUCGUGUGAUUCCAGAGAGCCAUGACAGCCCGUUCUGCCUGCGCAAACAGAACAUGGAGGGCAGCACCAACAGCUUCCUCUCUGUGAGCCCCACUAAAGAGAUUAAGGUGCUGUCUGCAGUGAGGCGCAGCAGUAUGAGCAGUAGCUGUGGCAGCAGUGGGUAUUACAGCAGCAGUCCCACUCUGAGUAGCAGUCCGCCUGUGCUUUGCAACCCCAAAUCUGUGCUGAAAAGACAAGUAAGCCCAGAGGAGCUGCAGUCUCCAGGAGGCCUCUUCAUAAAGAAGACAUUCACAAUCAUAGGUGAUGCGGUGGGAUGGGGUUUUGUGGUCAGAGGAAAUAAACCCUGCCACAUCCAGGCUGUUGACCCCAGUGGCCCUGCUGCAGCAGCAGGGAUGAAGGUGUGUCAGUUUGUGGUGUCAGUCAACGGGCUGAAUGUGUUGAAUCUGGACUACAGGACCGUCAGUAACCUCAUCCUCACAGGACCCAGGACUGUGGUCAUGGAGGUCAUGGAAGAGUGUCAGUGAAAACCUGUUGGUGGAAUCUUCAGCAGAAUGUUCUAGAGAAAGACAGAGAUCCAGUCAUCGGAUUUCACAUCACUGGUUUUAUCGCUAUUACACCUAAAUUUGAGUUCGGUGACACUGCUUCCUAUUUGUGCAUCAUAUCAUCUCCAAGGGACUCAUUAUGAGGCCAUGAUGACAAAGGGAAAAAGGGAAGUGUGUCAAGUCAUGCCAUUGUAACAAACGGUGUACAUAUUGGAGACAUUGUUCUGCAUAGACUUAAGAUAUGCUUCUUGAAUACAGGAAUCCAUUCCUAAACAUUUUCUGUGACCAAUAGCUUUGUUUGGGCUUGAGUGAGGUUUAUGUGUAGCUGAGCAAGGCUAACAAUAACCCACUGUAGUGUUGCAGUGCAGUCGAAUAUGGCUAACAAUGUGUCAUUUCCACACAUUUUCAGGGCUAGUGUCAAUAUUUUGAGACACCCGAAAGUUUUUUAUUAGGAUCUAAAAGGGAAAAGCUUUACCUCGGCAGUGUCUGAAAUAUGUUUUUUUUUUCAUCCGUAAAAUUUAAUGAACAAAAAUGUUGACAUUCAAAAGAAGAGCACUUAUAUCUGUCUGUAUUUUUGUAGGUAAUUAUACUGUAGGACGCGUGUAAAAACAUCAUCAUGUAACCAGUAUUUACACUGCAAACAUUGUUUUUUACACUGCAUUGAAAAAUAUCUUGAAAAUAAUAAAUUGACCUCUUAUUACAAGAUUACAAUUAACCAAAUAUAAGAUUUCAAGCUUUAAAUUUUCUUAUUUUAUUAGCAGAUAAUUUUGCUUCUUUCUAGAAAUAAAUGCUACAAAUGAGCAAAAAGUAUCUGCUGAUAGAACAAGACUUUUACUUUUUUCAGAGAUAUUUUCAAGAUAUUUCCACUUUCUAGGAUGACAAUUUUAACAGUGUAUUAAAAGUGAAAGUGUCUGAUAGGCAACUGGAAGGCUUUUUAAAGCUUUUUUUCAUAAUGUGAAACAUAAAGUAGCAAUAGUGGAAAAUCUUUUAAUAUUAACUUUCCUGUAUUUAUUUCAUUUAUUAAGUCACACAUGUUAAACCUAGCUGUAAUACUCCAAGUAAUUUAAUUAUAACUGUUAAAUAUAAUGGUAUUGACUAAAAAUAAGUCCAAAGAAAUGAGCAGAAAUAUAAAUUACUCCAUGCACCUAAAUAUUGACAUUUUACAGAAGUGUAGAUGUGAAAACUGAAGGUUGCUACUAACUAUUAACAUGUUGGUUUAUUUGUUCAACACACCUUAUAUAUAUGUAUGUGUGUGUAUAACACACAUAACUUUAUGUAUAUGUAUAACUAUAACUGUAUAAAUGUAUAACUUUAACAGCAGCCAAAUCAUGUUU